CCACACGGGGGGAGUUGAAACUACCAUGAGGUCUCUGCUGAUCCUCUUGACGUACGUCUGCCUGCAAACCUGGCUGGGAACCGCCCAGGAAUUAGAUACAGUGCUCCUGACAGCUAAUUUGCCUGAAUAGCCCAGGAAAGACAUGGUGGUGCUGGACGUGGCAGCUAAUGCUUUUGAUGACCAAUAUAUUGGAUGCGCUAAUGAAAUGGAUAAAGAAGCACCUGCACUGCUAGAGGAAGAAAAGUCCAGGCACAUUCUACUGAGAAAAGUGUGGCACAAAUCAAGAACAAAAUGGGCAAGUGUGAAAACAAAGCUCUCUCUGCCUACUGCCUUUAAGGAUGAGUACGGAAGAGCCAUAGUGGCCUAUACUGAUAAAUACUUUUACAGUGAUUUUAAUGGGGCAGUGAAGAGGGCUGGGACAUCUCAAGAGGAUUACAUGAAGUGUUUCCAGUUCAAAGCCUUUCAUUACUAUUUGACAAGAGCCUUACAGCUGUUACGCGGGAGGUGUGAGGUGACGUAUAACACAACGGUGUACCGGGGCACUAAAUCUCAGCACACGGGAUCAGGUCUCAUCAGAUUUGGAUAUUUUGCCUCUUCAUCUAUGAAGAGGAAAAAAGCAGAGGAAUUUGGCACAGGCACAUUGUUCACCAUCCGCACGUGCUUCGGUGUCAAGAUAGCGGCCUUCUCACACUUUCCAGAACAAGAAGAAGUAUUAAUCCCAGUCCAUGAGAAGUUCCGUGUGACCCCAGAUGGGAGUAACAGAUUUGUCCUCUGGAGCACAAACCGUACCUGCAGCCACUUUAACUGCGCGUACCUGGGUGGAAAAAAGAACCAACAAUGUCUCGACAACUCCGAAUGUACCUCUCCGUCUUGGGAUCAAACUGUGAAGAGGAGUGCUCUUUUUCAAAGUUAUAAUGUAUAAAGAGUGGUCUGAGGUCUGCCGUGGGACAGAGACGACUCUCUUCCCUGGAGCGGCUGUCAAUUGAGAGCGCA